AUGGUGGUUGGUGGAAGGGGUUCAAGGGGUGGUGCAGGUGGUGGCAGGGGUUCUGUUGGUGUUGGAAGGGGUGGUACAGGUGGUGGCAGGGGUUCUGCUGGUUUUGGAAGGGGUUUUGGUGGUGGCAGGGGAUCUGGUGGUUCUGUUGUUGGAAGGGGUGGUGCAGGUGGUGGCAGGGGUACAACUGGUGACAGAGGUGCAGGUGAUGGUAGGGGUGCAGGUGGUGGCAGGGGAAGAGGUUAUGUACCGCAAGGAGCCGGUGUAUUCAUUGCAUCUGAUGGAUCUGCUAUCACCAAUACACAAGGACGAGUGACUCGUAAUAAUAGUCAGCCAUGUAGCCAAGGAUCAACCGUCAAUCAGGGGAAUUGA